AUGUCAUCCAACAGAAGACACAUAUUAUGUCAGGCUUUUUCUAAUGUCUUGCUUGAGUCUGAAGACCCAGACAUGGACAAUAGUAAUGACCCCACCCUGUGCAGCAACUAUGUGAAGGACAUCUACAACUAUCUGAGACACCUGGAGGCUGGGAGGCAUCUAACAACAUUUGCAGUAAACUGUCCUUGUAGGUGUGGUUUGUCUUGGAGUUGGGAUUCACUUUCACUGAUGAUUUCUCCAAAGGCAUUAGUAAGCCUCCUUCAACUUUUGCAUAUGAACAUCCUGCCAUAUAACAAAUGUUACGCUGACUACCUUCAAAACCUGUGUUGUGAACCAAAUCAUUUAGUAAAUCUCUACUGCUUCUUUCUACCAGACAAUGCUGUUUCCAAGGUGAAGUUGCAGCUGGCUGGUGUCAUUGCUAUGUACAUUGCCACCAAAUAUGAGGAGAUUCUUCACCCUUAUAUUGGAAACUUUAGCUAUGCAGCUGACCACACCUGCUCAAAGGUCUGUAUCCACCACAUGGAGAUGAAGAUUCUGAAAGCCCUGGACUUCUCUCUGGGUUGCCCUCAGCAGUGCCUAAGAAGAGCUUCAAAGAUUGCAGAAGUGUUGAGAACAGGUGUUACUGUAAAUUGAAUCUGGAAAAGGCAAUACUUAUCUGUGGCAACUUGUAAAAAUGGCUCAAAAUUUUUGAGUACUGCAGUUGAGCCUGGCUGAGACCUGUCUUCCAUGUAGAAAUGAGUUUUAUUUAUCUGUUCCUGUGACAUGAGCCUAACAUACCAAAAUGCAGUGUUAAAAUGCAUGCCUGAUUGUGAGGAGCCAAUAUAGUUUUGGUUUCCCUCAACAAUGGCUGUCAGAGGCAUGUGGAGGAGGGGUGCACAUGGGCCACGUGUGGGACGCAACUCAAAGAAGCCUUGUCUCCAGGAGGACUUUGCUGGGCAAUACCUCACAUGGGACAGGUGGUAGGAGACGCUGAACUCCCCAGAGGGACUUCUCCAAUCAGAUGGUGAAACGUUGGACUGGGCCAAUGGUCUCCUGAGAGCAGACAGCCUUUGGGAAGAGCCAGUGGCAUAAAAAGUAACUGUGUCACAAUUGCCCUGGGCUUUUUGAGACUUGCUCUUUAAGUGUGGGUUUUUGGCUUGGGGCUUUUUUGAGACCCUGCUUUUGCAUUUGAGGCUUGAUGAUUAGAGGGGCUUUUUGAAUCUUAUUUUUGUGCUUUGGCUCCAGCCUGCUGAGGUUUGCUUCUUUGCUUCUUGCCCUGGCCCUAGCCUGUUUUUACCCAUUUUUUCUUUUUUUUUUUUUUUUUUUUUAACUGAGUGAACUAGGUUGGAAAAGACCUUUGAGAUCAAUUAGUUUAACCUAUGAACUAUGAACCUAUGACCUAACCUAACACCUCCUCAUCAACUAAACCAUGGCACUGAGUGCCACAUCCAGUCUUUUUUUAAACAUGUCCAGGGACUGUGACUCUACCAUCUUCCUUGGUGGGCAGCCAAUUCCAGUGCCCAAUCACUCUUCCAGUGAAGAAUUUUUUUCUGACAUCUAAUCUAAACUUUCCCUGGCACAGCUUAAGGCUGUGUCCUCUAGUUCUGUCAAUGCUUGCCUGGAGAAGAGACUGACUCCCACCUGACUACAACCAGGUAGUUGUAGAGCGCGAUAAGGUCUCCCCUAAGCUUCCUUUUCCCAGGCUAAACAACCCCAGCUCCCUCAUCUAUUCUUCAUAGGGCUUAUGUUUCAAGCCCUUCAUCAGCCUUGUUGCCGUUCUCUCUAUGUGUUCAAGUGUCCCAAAAGCCUUCCUAAAUUGAGGGGGCAGAACUGCACACAGUACUCAAAAGUGCAGCUGUUCAGUUGGCUGUCAACCAUAACCCCCAGGUCCCUUUCUGCCUGGCCGCUGUCCAGCCACUCUGUUCCCAGCCUGUAGCACUGCAGGGGAUUGCUGUGGCCAAAGUGUAAGACUCAGCACUUGGUCUUGUUAAACCUCAUGUUGUUGCACUUGGCCCAUUGAUCCAGCCUGUCCAGGUCCCUUUGCAGAGCCCUCCUACCUCCCAACAGAUUGGCAUGUGAUCCCAGCUUGUGUCACCUGCAGCUUUACUGCUGUUGGACUCAGUCCCCUCAUCCACGUCAUUAGUGAAGAUAUUAAAUAGGACUGACCCCAACACAGACCCCUGAGGGACACCACUGGCUGUCAGCUGGAUGCAGCACUGUUCAC